AUGAAUGUCUUGAAAUUGCAAAAGAAGUUUCCUCAAUUGGAUCAAAGCGAAAUUUUCUCAAUUAUUGAGGAUUUCCGGAAUAUUGAUUUGGAGGAAAAGGGUUGGGCCGAAAAGAAGGAUAUCAUUAAUGCAGUUGCACUGAAGGGUGGAUCUACCUAUGACCACGUUCGUGAAACCCUCAAGUCAGUUGAUGUUGAUGCAUCUGGCCAUGUUGAGUUGGAUGAUUACGUCGAGUUAAUUGCAAAGUUGAAGGAAGUGGAUACGUCUCCAAAGCAGGCUCCUUUGACAAGUGGAAAACUGAAUGACUCGUCUGUGAACGACACAACUCAAUCACCAAACCGAAAAGCAGGAUCCCAUAAGACGUAUAUUAGUGGAAAGACAUCGGGUACAACACAUACGAUCAAUGAUGAGGAACGGACCGAAUUCACUAGGCACAUCAAUUCUGUGCUCGCCGACGACCCUAAUGUAGGCGACAGACUUCCGUUCGCUACAGACACCUUCCAGAUCUUUGAUGAAUGUCGUGAUGGGUUGGUUUUAUCGAAACUCAUCAACGACUCCGUUCCUGACACUAUUGACGCCCGUGUUCUUAACUUACCGGGUCAGAAGAAAAAGGCGCUCAACAAUUUCCAAAUGUCAGAAAAUGCAAACAUUGUGAUUAAUUCGGCCAAAGCCAUUGGAUGCGUGGUGGUAAAUGUCCAUUCAGAGGAUAUUAUCGAUGGUAAAGAGCACCUCAUUUUAGGUUUGAUUUGGCAGAUCAUUCGCCGCGGUUUGUUAUCUAAAGUGGAUAUCAAGUUCCAUCCAGAGCUUUACAGAUUGCUAGAAGAUGAUGAAUCAUUGGAGCAGUUUUUGAGGUUACCUCCUGAGCAAAUUUUAUUACGUUGGUUCAAUUUUCACUUGAAGAACGCUGGCUCUCAAAGACGGGUCACCAACUUUUCUAAGGAUAUCAGCGAUGGUGAAAACUACACUGUCCUUUUGAAUCAGUUACAACCUGACUAUUGUGACUUAUCACCUUUGAAUGAAUCGGAUUUGACUGAAAGGGCGGAGAAAAUCUUGGAUAGCGCUGACAGGAUUGGUGUCAGAAAGUAUUUAACUCCGAGGGCUCUUGUUCAGGGAAAUCCUAAGUUGAACUUAGCUUUUGUCGCACACUUGUUCAACACCUAUCCCGGCUUAGAUCCAAUUGAAGAAAGUGAAGCUCCCGAAAUUGAAGAGUUCGACGCUGAGGGAGAAAGAGAAGCGAGAGUUUUCACCUUAUGGUUGAAUUCAUUAGACGUUGACCCACCGAUCGUUUCUCUUUUUGAGGACUUGAAGGAUGGUUUGGUACUUUUGCAGGCGUUUGAUAAGGUCUUACCGGGAAGUGUCUCGUUCAAGCACAUCAACAAGAAACCGUCUAAUGGCUCCGAACUUUCUCGUUUCAAAGCUUUAGAAAACACAAACUACGGAGUUGAAAUUGGUAAGGCCAAUAAUUUCUCAUUAGUAGGAAUUGAAGGCUCCGAUAUUGUUGACGGUAACAAGUUGUUGACAUUGGGCUUGGUUUGGCAGUUGAUGAGACGCAACAUUGUUAACACGUUGUCUAGUCUUGGUAACGGCAAAAAUGUUAGUGAUUCAGACAUCUUGAGAUGGGCCAAUGCGCAAGUUUCUAAGGGUGGUAAGAGCUCUCAAAUUCGGUCCUUUAAAGAUUCGUCAUUAUCUAAUGGUGUUUUCUUGUUGGAUGUGCUUAACGGAAUCAAACCCGGGUAUGUCGACUACGAGUUGGUUUAUCAAGGUGAUGCCAUUAGCGAUGAAGAGAAGUACGCCAACGCUAGAUUGGCUAUAUCGAUAGCAAGGAAGCUUGGUGCUCUUAUUUGGCUAGUUCCGGAGGAUAUAAACGAGGUAAGAAGUCGUUUAAUUUUAUCCUUCGUUGGCAGCUUGAUGAAUGUCACGGAUUCAAAUUAA